CCACCAAAUUCCAACAAGUUCCGAGCGGAGCAACCCCAUCCACCGCCGCCGCCGCCCACCACAUUCCGAGAGCUUCCAGUUCGCCGGAGGGGUCGGAGCGAUGGCCGGCAGGAAGGGCGGCGAGAGGAAGAAGGCGGUGACCCGCUCCGUCAAGGCCGGCCUCCAGUUCCCCGUCGGCCGCAUCGGGCGCUUCCUCAAGAAGGGCCGCUACGCGCAGCGCGUCGGCUCCGGCGCCCCCGUCUACCUCGCCGCCGUCCUCGAGUACCUCGCCGCCGAGGUGCUGGAGCUCGCCGGGAACGCCGCCAAGGACAACAAGAAGAGCCGGAUCGUGCCGCGCCACCUGCUCCUCGCCAUCCGCAACGACCAGGAGCUCGGGAGGCUGCUCGCCGGCGUCACCAUCGCGCACGGCGGCGUGCUGCCCAACAUCAACCCCGUGCUGCUCCCCAAGAAGGCCCUCGAGAAGGCUGAGAAGGCCGAGAAGGAGUCCAAUUCUUCAGGUCUGUCCUAUGACACCAAUGAAGUCGCUCUCAAAGACGCGUUCUCUCAGCACGGCAAUGUCAUCCAAGUGAAAGUGAUAUGCCAUCCUGUGACCGGGAGAUCCAAAGGGUACGGCUUCGUCAAGUUCUCUUCAGAAAGUGAAGCAGACACGGCAUUGGAGAAGAUGAACGAUGAGGUGCUUGAUGGAAAGACCAUACGGGUGGAUUAUGCAAACGUCGGACGAUCUGCUGCUGUUUCUGCUGCUGGUACUGCAGAUGAGUAAUUUGGUUAUCCUGAAUCUGUGAUGUUAGAUGGAGCCCUGGACAUGUACUCUGUAUAUCAGAGCGAUCACCAGUAUAUAUUUUAAGUUCAGUCUUAUGACCAGCUUUAAAUAAACCGGCCUUCAGAUUUGUUUA